AGCUCCCCCUUUUUCCCCCCAGACAGUUAAUAUUCAUUUACCAGCACUUUUAUCCUCUACCAACCCACGACGAUUCGAAACGACAACCGGGAGGAGCGUGUGUGUGUGUUGUGCCAUCCGAUCCAUCUCGUUCGCGGGUCAUGACGCUCGAGGCGAUCCGUUACCGGGCCGGGUCUCUGCAGAUUCUUAACCAGCUGCUCCUACCGCAGGAGACUGUGUUCGACGAGGUCCGCACAGUGCAGGACGGCUAUGAAGCGAUAAAGUCCAUGAAGGUACGGGGGGCUCCUGCCAUCGCCAUCGUAGGCUGUCUGAGCCUGGCAGUGGAGCUGCGCGCAGGUGCCGGGGGCAACGACCCCGUGACCUUCAUCCGGGAGUCUCUGUGUCACCUGACUUCUGCAAGACCCACGGCUGUCAAUAUGGGCCGGGCCGCCCGAGAACUGAUGGAGUUUGCCGAGAACGAGAGCAUGGAGAAAAACCCAGAACAACUCACAGAGAGUGUGAUUGGCUGGAUCGAGGAGAUGCUGGAGCGGGAUGUCAAUGACAACAAGAAGAUCGGUAACUACGGAGCUCAACACAUCCUGUCUGGUGUUCCCCGAGACUCUGUCACUAUCUUAACUCACUGCAACACCGGGUCACUGGCCACGGCAGGAUACGGCACCGCACUGGGUGUGGUGCGUUCCCUCCAUGCUCUCGGCAGACUGAAGCGGAUGUAUUGUACAGAGACCAGACCCUAUAACCAAGGGGCCAGACUGACAGCCUAUGAGGCCGUGGCUGAAGGUUUCCCUGCUACUCUCAUCACAGACAGCAUGGCUGCACUCACCAUGAGAGAGAAGAGCAUCACAGCUGUUGUCGUAGGGGCGGACAGGGUGGUUGCUAACGGUGACACGGCCAACAAAAUCGGCACGUACCAGCUGGCCAUCGCCGCAAAGCACCAUGGGAUCCCGUUCUACGUGGCGGCGCCCAGCACGUCAUGUGACCUGAGUCUGGAGAGCGGCCGGCACAUUGUCAUCGAGGAGCGUCCUGCCGAGGAACUCACCAGCAUCAACGGAGUACCCAUCGCUGCCCCAGGUGUGUGUGUGUAG